AUGUCUGAGCACGGCUUGAACGAUGGCGGCAGCAACAACCAAGCCUCCAACCAAGCGCUUGCCGUAGCUAUUGCAGCCCAGAUUAUGCAACCUAUAGCGGUUCAAUUCCAAGCCCAGGAAGCGCGUUUCGAAGCCCUUCAAAGCGACCUGCAUACGAUGAUGGCUGGGGGAGCUCCUCAACCAGUUCCGCCGCCAGCUGCCCCAUCGAAUGGGCCUCGUUCGCGCCGGAGAGCCAGCGACACAACAAACCCUCGCCCAGAUAAGACCUCAGAGAAUCAUAUGAGAAAAAUCUCUACCAAAAUCAUCCUUCGGGCUUGCGGUAUGGAACAGCUGAAGGAUGCACGACUUGGGCUCACUCCGGAGCAACUUCAAGAGCGGAUGCGUACUAACCCACCUGUACCCUGGGAUCCCGACUGGCUCAAAUCAAUCGACGACGCAGCAAACAAGUUCUGGCGUGAUAAAAUGAUUCUUGCAGUGUUAACAGAUGACAAGGCGAUUGGUUUAGUCGACAAGGGGAAUAUCAAGCGACAGUUCUGGACAGAGGACUGUCUAGUCAAGUACAUUCUGAAACCAAUGUGGAGCGCAGCAAGGAGGGAGGCUAAGAAGCUUGUGGAUGCCGACGCUGCAGCCCGAGGCAGAGCUAACCAUUCAAAGACCAAUCGAGAUGGACGUAACAAGCGGCUGUGCAAAGCACGAGCCAAGUUGGCUACUGGAAACGACACGGUCCCAAGGUUGGAGUACAAGAUUGAUGGCAAGAUGCGUCACAUCCCACCUGAGCUGAUGGUUGAGGAAGUUAUGUCCGACGUAGUUGAUGACCAGUACGAUUCGGACAAUAUACCUACCGAGGUUACUCACCACAAGUACCGUCAGGGCCGUCCCAAGUUUGCUUAUGAAGGUUGUCCUCCAUUCUUUUGCCGUCAAGAGCCUUGGAAUGGUAUUUUUGAGUCAAUGGAUAAUAUUACUUGCCAGAAGAAGAAUGGGUAUGGGAUUGAAGCGCGCUAUUAUGCUGGUAAGAUAACCCGCGGUCAGCAUAACAAUGUGGACCCCGAGAUGGCUCCCAAGAUCCCAACUUCAAAGCUCUACCGUUGCCACCUAUCUAAAGAGUGGUUUGAUUGA